UGUAAAUCAUCACAAUAAUCUCGGCGUAGUAGUAAGUUAAGUAAUAAGUUGUAAAGUGGAGUACUAGCGGAUUGCAUUUAAUGUGCAACAUUUUAUUCAGGGAAAGAAAUCCAGCAGAUCCAUCCCAUCUUUCCAUCCAUCAUUGCUUGAUGUGUUGGUUGGUAAUACCAACUUGGUAUUCCUCUCCUUGUGAUCUCGUUGUGCUAAUUGAGGAGGAAGGCCGACGAGACGAGCAGUUUGUACAUAUAUAGAUUAAUUAAGAACAAUGAAGAAUCUUACUCCAACAGAAUAAGAAGGUUAGUUCCAGCAGGGCAGGUUAAUCUGGUGCUUAACAAAUUAGAUGUAAAUAAAGGAAUAGGUAUUAUUAAAAAGACGGAUACUCUUGACUCUUCUGCUGGUCACUGGAAUCGCCGAGAGAGUAGACAACGGGGGAGAAGACACGGUCACCUUAAUAAGUGCCCUUAGCAUUAAAGUAAUUCUCCAGCAGGCUGAGGUUGGGUGUGGUGUUGCGGCUGGCGGCGGUGGCGGCGACGGCGGUGGUGGUGUGGCCUUCUGUAUCGUUUUCAAGUCAGGCUGAUUCAACAAGUGCCCGGUGCGUCAGUUGAGUUAGUAAACGAGGACGGCGACCAAGCGGAAAGCAUGGAGGACGAAGCGAACAACUCGGCGUUGUCAUUAGCUGAAGACGGUUCUCCCCAUAAUAGCAGAGGUCCACCUGUUACGCCCAUCAGCAAAUUAAAGUACUCGGGGCCCCCGUACUUGAAAAAAGAUAGCAAAAAGCAAAGCUCAUCCAGGUUCAACAACCUGUCGAAAAACAGGGAACUCAAAGCCCUUCCCCUGCUCAAAGAUGCGGCGGCGUCGGAAAGGGAGGAACUUUUUGUUCAAAAACUUCGACAGUGUGGCGUCCUGUUUGAUUUUGUUACUGACCCGCUGUCCGACAUCAAAUAUAAAGAAGUUAAGAGAUGCGCACUCCACGAAAUGGUGGAAUACAUUACGACACAGAGAGGUGUCAUCACAGAACCUAUUUAUCCAGAAGCAGUCAGCAUGUUUGCCGUUAACUUGUUUCGGGCGCUGCCCCCGUCGUCGAAUCCAAAUGGGACAGAUUUUGAUCCAGAAGAGGAUGAACCUACGCUUGAAGCGGCUUGGCCGCAUUUGCAACUCGUCUAUGAUUUCUUUUUGAGGUUUGUGGAAUCGCCCGACUUUCAACCUAGUAUAGCCAAGAAGUACGUAGAUCAGAAGUUUGUGUUACAGUUGCUGGAUUUGUUUGACUCUGAGGACCCCAGAGAACGAGACUUUCUCAAAACAACGCUUCACAGGAUUUAUGGAAAAUUCCUUAAUCUCCGAGCCUACAUCCGAAAGCAGAUUAAUAACAUUUUCUAUCGCUUCAUUUACGAAACUGAGCAUCACAAUGGGAUUGCAGAGUUGCUAGAAAUACUGGGCAGCAUCAUCAAUGGAUUUGCUCUCCCAUUGAAGGAGGAGCACAAGACUUUUCUUUUAAAGGUGUUGUUGCCGUUGCACAAGGUGAAAUGUCUCUCCGUUUACCACCCUCAGCUGGCGUAUUGUGUCGUCCAGUUUCUCGAAAAGGAUCCUGCAUUGACUGAACCGGUGAUAAUGGCAUUACUCAAAUUUUGGCCCAAAACACAUUCGCCGAAAGAGGUGAUGUUUCUAAACGAGCUAGAAGAAAUAUUGGAUGUUAUUGAACCUGCUGAAUUUCGUAAAGUCAUGAAGCCAUUGUUCAAGCAGUUGGCAAGAUGCGUUUCUUCCCCGCAUUUUCAGGUGGCUGAACGGGCCCUCUACUACUGGAACAAUGAGUACAUUAUGUCCUUAAUCAGUGAUAAUGCUGUGGAUAUCCUUCCCAUCAUGUUUCCAGCUAUGUACAGAAAUUCUAAAACGCAUUGGAACAAAACCAUCCACGGAUUGAUCUACAAUGCCUUAAAGCUGUUUAUGGAAAUAAAUCAAAAGCUAUUUGACGAAUGCACACAAAAUUACAAAAAAGAACGACUGAAAGAGCGAGAAUUGCUGAACAAAAGAGAAACCGUGUGGUCCAAAUUGGAAGAGAUUGCGUCUGUUAACCCCUGCUAUUCAACCGUGCCACAUUCCCAAGAUGGUGUUUCCCCGUUGGCGUCUGGAGCGAAUGAUGAUGAAAUGAACGAGUCCAACUUGUACGAACGACUGGAAGGUGUUCACCAGGAGGCGAUGGGAGUCCGGAACAAGGAAAAACCACUCCUUCGACGAAAGUCAGAACUUCCUCACGACUCGUACACCCUCAAAGCAUUGAAUGACUACAAACGCCCAGAUGAAUAUUUGUCCACCCCACCAGACGUUAAUAAGUGCUAAUCAUCAGUUAGACACAUUAUACGAAUAACCCACGACGUACGUACAUGUGUGUCACCAAUGUCACCAGCAACGCCACCACAACCCAGGACAAUUACUCUUCUAAGACUUGAUUAAAAACCCUUACAAAAAAAUAUUGUAAACGCCCCAUCAUCAUCAUCACUACAACUAUUAUGAUUAUUACUAUACUAAAUUACUAUAAUGUCGUCGUAUACAAAAGUCCGACCAAAAUGGAUAUAUAGGAUUGAGAUUGGGGGAGCCGUGCGUGCAGUGCUGAUGAUGGGUGCCUAUGAGAGGACAAUCUUCUGCAUACUAUGUAGUUAAAUAUUUCUUUGUUUUUGGGCCCAAUUUCUAUACUACUUAGAACCAAAUCAAAACAAGAGUGUAAAAUGUUGCAUGAUGAUGAUGACUCUGCGGUUUUUCCAUGAUUUGAUUACUUUCUUCUGUAACAUUUAAUGCUAAACUAUAUAUGUGAUGUUUAAAGUAUAAAUUGCAAGAGAAAUAUAUAAAUUAAAUAUAAUUAUAAUGAAACAACAAA